AUUUGAGCCAAAUUUGUGUCCAAAUACAAGCCGCACAAGCUUGUUGGGGCUAGAAUAAAUCGAACAAAAUAAAAAUCAGCCGAGCAAAACACAAAUACAUAUCAAGCUCACUAAAACUCAGCUUAAUUACACCACCAACUAAGAAAAGCAUCUUGAAUAUACUGAUCAAAAGAGAGAGAAUGAUUCAUCAAGUGUUUCUAAUCUUUUCCGAAAAGAUUAGAAACUAGGCUUCACCAGCACCAGGUCCAUCAAAACCAUGUGUGAAAUAUGUAAUAACGCUAACCCAUGACACAUCUCCUAACAAGAACAAAGGCAAAUAAUAAAUCCAAUAUAAUAACAGCCAAUUAUUGAAUAAGUCUAAUAAAUCUCAUUCAUCACGUUCUUUUCACUGUAAGAGAACAAAGAGGAUAAAUAUUAAAUAUUCAAAUAGAACCAUCGAAACAACUAUUUAUUUCGAGAAAACAUGCUUUAUAUAACAGUACGAUGAGGUUUCUUCUUUCACUGAGUUUUAAUUUGGAUUAGGAGUGGAAGGAAAGGCAUCUGUAGCAAUGGGAGAUGAAACAGCUCACCUUCCUGCCAUUCCUCGGCUGGAAUAUCAUUCCUCAGAUGGUUGGCAAGUUGAAGAGAACAACCAUCCCAUUGAGGAGGUGAGGCUAACAGUGGACCCCUUCGACAAUCCAAAACUACCAGCAUCAACAUUUCGUGCAUGGCUGCUCGGAGUGAGCUCCUGUGUAUUGCUCUCCUUCAUAAAUCAGUUCUUCGCGUUCAGGACAAAUAUGCUGGUUAUCAGUUCCGUUUGUAUUCAGAUUGUCACACUACCCAUAGGGAGAUUUCUUGCAGCAACUCUCCCCAAGAAAGACAUAAAGCUCCCAUUCACAGACUGGUCCUUCUCGCUCAACCCAGGACCAUUUACAAUGAAAGAACAUUGUCUUAUAACCGUCUUUGCAGGCACAGGAGCACAUGGCGUUUAUUCUGUCCAUCUUUUCACUGUAGUCAAGGCCUUCUAUCAUAGAAAGAUCAAUCUAAUGGCAGCCUUCCUGUUAGCACAUACAUCACAGUUGCUGGGCUAUGGUUGGGCUGGUAUUUUCAGAAAAUACCUGGUUGAAUCUCCAUAUAUGUGGUGGCCAGGAAACCUUGUUCAAGUCUCCCUCUUCAAAGCACUGCAUCAAAAGGAGAACAGAAAAAGGGGAGCAAUAACACGGUUUCAAUUCUUCAUCAUUGUCUUCAUAUCAAGCUUUGCAUACUAUGCCAUCCCUGGUUUCAUCUUCCCUGCCAUCUCUGCCAUCUCUUUUCUCUGUUUAAUAUAUAAGAAGUCUGUCACCAUGCAGCAAAUUGGUUCAGGACUGAACGGGCUUGGCUUUGGCUCAUUUGGCCUUGACUGGUCCACUGUUGCCGGCUUCCUUGGCACCCCAUUAGCGACGCCAGCAAUAGCUAUCUUUAACAUAAUGAUAAGCUUCUUCUUGAAAGUUUAUGUUCUUCUCCCAAUUACUUAUUGGACCAACACUUAUGAUGCCAAACGUUUCCCUAUGAUAUCGUCCAAUGUAUUUGACAGUUAUGGAAACAUCUACAAUAUCUCGCGGAUCAUCAAUGGCAAAACAUUCACUCUAGAUGUUCAAGAACAAGAGAAUUAUAGCAAGAUUAACACUAGUAUUAUAUUUUCUUUUGGUUAUGGCCUGAGCUUUGCAACCUUAACAGCUUCCAUCAUGCAUGUUGCUCUACAUAAUGGAAAGGAUAUUUGGAAGAUAUGGAAAAAUGAUAGAGAAUAUUCAACGGAUAAGUUACAAGAUGUCCAUACAAGAUUGAUGAAGAGAAAUUAUGAGCCAGUGCCUCAAUGGUGGUUCCAUCUUCUCUUAGUUUCUAUGAUUGGACUCUCCAUUUUUACAUGCCUAGGUUUCAAUAGACAACUACAACUUCCAUGGUGGGGGGUACUCUUUGCAUGCGCCAUGGCUUUUUCUUUCACAUUACCUUUUGGAGUAAUCCUGGCUACUACAAAUCAGGUUUUAGGUCUGUAUGUCAUUACAGAGUACAUCAUAGGUUUAAUAUUACCUGGAAAGCCUCUCGCAAAUGUGACAUUCAAGACUUAUGGCAGCAUAAGCGUUGGCCACGCACUCACACUGCUUAGUGAUCUAAACUUGGGGAAGUACAUGAAGAUACCGCCAAAGUCCAUGUUCAUUGUACAGUUAACAGGUUCCAUAAUAGCAACAUGCGUUCACUUUGCAACAGCAUGGUUUCUCCUUAAUACUAUAAAGAACAUAUGCGACACAAGCAAACUUCCUCCAGGGAGCCCAUGGACUUGCCCUGUGGAUAGCGUCCACUUCACAGUCAACAUCAUUUGGGGUCUUGUAGGUCCUAAAAGAAUAUUUGGCAAACUUGGUCAUUACUCACUUUUGAAUUACUUCUUUCUAAUAGGUUUCUUGUUACCCAUUCCAUUUUGGUUGCUUGCGAAAGCAUUCCCUGAGAAGAGAUGGCUUAAACAUAUUCACAUUCCCCUGCUAAUCUCAGGUGGAAAUGCCAUUCCACCAGUACACGCAGUGAACUACAUCAUGUGGGGCACGGUUGGUAUUUUCUUCAAUUAUUACAUUUACACAAGGCACAAGAAUUGGUGGGCAAAACACACCUACGUAAUGUCAGCUGCCUUAGAAGCCGGAGUGGCUUUCAUGGGAGUGCUAAUCUUCUUUUCUAUGCAAUUUAAGAACAUAAAUGGCAUAGAUUGGUGGGGUGGAUAUGCAAAUGAUUAUUGUCCACUUGCUAGUUGUCCUACUAGUCCUGAAGUGUCCGUUAAAGGAUGCCCAAUCACGCAAUAAGAAUGUCUCUAGACUCUAGCUAUUAAAGCCAAUGUAACUAAAGCUCAUCAGCAUAUUUUAGGAUUAUGCAUCCAUCAAUCCUUGGGCUGUAAGUUGGUCUAAUAAGUAAUAGUAGAUACCAUUGUAUCACCCUUUAUCUUUUAAAGAGAAGUGUUCAUAUCCAUCCAAAGCAGAAAUAAAAUCGUAUUGGUGAUGUUUAUGUUCACUUGGGCAAUUCACUCAUGAGGAAAGACUUCUCAAGUCAACUUGAUUCGUUACUGUUCGCUUAUUUAUGCACUAGCUAUAAUUAUCAAAGACCUGAGAUUGGAAUAAUGAGAUACCAUAAAAACAAGCAAAUGGCAAACUAUAAUUAGGUGACCAAAUAUAAAAUGAUAAAAGAGAGAAAUGAUAUAAAGGCGCUAGAAAAUGAUUGCUUUCUUUUUUACUUCAAGUUGAUAAACUACAUAUUGCAAACAUAUAAACUAUAAAACUUCUAAAUCCAAUUUUCCAAAUGCCCGUUCAUAUUAAAUACAAUGCCAAAAGAAUAUAGAAAAUGUACACUGGCUUCAUUUAGGCAGACGGUUUCUUCGAGAAAAGAAAUAAACCCAAAACAACGUAAAAUAUUUUAGUACGAAGAAAGGGAAUUGGUGAACAAUCUUCAAUUAGGUACAUGCAGA